AUGAGAGGAAAAUCUUCUUCAAAGCAAAUCAGUACUAAAAAUGGUGGGGUGGAAUUAGAAAAUCUUGACAACCUGAAAGAAAAACAAAAAACCCAUCUCUCUGGUUCUUACGUUCGUACCCUUGUUACACAAUUAGCCUCUUCAAGAACCAAAGAAAAUAAGAGUAAAGAUGUAGAAGUCAGUUCCUGUAGCAACCAAAAUUCAGCCAAAAGGGGGGAAGGAUUCGGUGAAAAGCGUAAAAAACAAGUGAGAAGAAGACUCCACGCCAGCAGGCCUUAUCAGGAGAGGCUUCUGAAUAUGGCUGAAGCAAGAAGAGAAAUUAUCACUGCCCUUAAAUUUCAUAGAGCGGCCAUGAAAAAAGCUCAAGAAAUGGAAAAUCAGACAUUAAUGGGGUCUUCUUCUCAGGAAAUUUGUUUAGAAAAUGAGGCUAAAUUGAAAUCCAGGAGAAACCAAAGAAUUUACGCCUCAAAUUCUACAUCAAAUUUCUCCUACUGUUCUUCUGGGUCUGAUUAUUCUUGGCCUGUUUCUCCAGUUCCUCCUGCAACACCACCACCACCACCAAUUUUCCAAGAAAAUCUCAAUAUUUCACUGCCCACUCAAACCUUGGGACUGAACCUCAAUUUUCAUGAUUUCAACAACUUGGACGCUACCCCUUAUUACAAUCCCAUUACCCCUCCAUCACUUUUUUCAUCCUCAUCUGCAUCUUCUUCUUCUUCACCUUCACUCUCGGCCACCGCCUCCGCCACCACAGAAACUCCAUGCAUGGCGGCGAUGGUGGCGGUAUCCGGCGUACCGGAAAUGGACUUGGACUUGCAUCCAGCAAUGGAUGAUAAGGAGAUGGCUGAGAUCAGAUCAAUUGGAGAGAAACAUCAAAUGGAGUGGAAUGACUCCAUGAAUUUGGUUACCUCCGCUUGGUGGUUCAAAUUCUUGAAAGCUAUGGAAAUUUCUCCUGAAGAUAAAACAGAGGAUUAUGGAUUAUUCUCUCCAUUCGAUGAAGUAAUUGAAUUUCCAGAUUGGUUGAACGCAAAUGAAAGCUGCUUCAAUGAUUAUUGUUCUGAUGACUACUUGCAGGAUUCCGCUUUGCCAUGGUAA